AUGGGACAGACAGAAGGAUCCCUACCCAGAGAAGUCACAUUCCCACAGAUCCGCAGCAAGGCGUCUUUCUACAGAGCCCUUUGGCCUGGAUCCAGCACAGUCCGCUCCUCCUUGGACAGACAGGCGGUCACCUCCUCAAAGGACACCAAGCCUGGAGGAGGAAGGAAGAGGGAAGGGACCCUUCCGGCGCGCUUCGGGUCGAGGACCUCGGGGUGUCCCCAGGACCCCUCCCUACAGGGGCCGGGGCUGAGCCUGCUCCCCGGUGGGGCCAGUCCCACUUCCCUCCCUCGCGCUGGAGAGUCGGCCUGGCCGACAGCCGGGAGGAGGGCGCCCCUCGCCCAACACGCACGUCGGGACUCCUUGGCCAGAAGUAGCCCAGCAUCGAGGCGCCUCCCCACGCCCAGCGCUGCCUUUAUCCUCCCCGCCCGGGAUGGAGGCAGCCCACCCCGGGGACCGCACGGUGGAGAGGCACCAGGGAAUGGAUGGAUGGAUAGCCCGGAGGCACCAGACUCCCCUUUGCCCGGGGAUGUGACCACGCGGGUUUCCCUUCCUGGAGGGUCUCAACUGCCACAACUACGCCCCUCGGAAUAUCUCCCGCCCCUCCACAAAUCCCCCUCCUCUUCCUCUCCCUCCCUCCCUUUCUUUAAGCUGCGCUGAUGGCCCUUCGGAACCUGUUCCAGCGACACUUCGGGUUCCGUUUCGAAGGCAGAAAAUCAUAGAGCUACGGCGGAGAGCACACCUUCUUCAGCAUGACCGGACUGCUUCCUGCACGUGUCGGAGCCGGGGGAGGAGCCCCCUGGUCGUCUCCGCGGGCUCAGGGACAGAGGAGCGCCGUCCUUCCUCGGAGCUACUACGAGGCUGUGUGGAGUUGCCCGGGCUCCUCUUUUUCUGCUUCCUAACCCUAACCUCUCAAGGCCGACCCUGAAGGAAAACAAACGCCCCUGCCGGCGGAUUGGUUGCAGCAGAGGAGAAAUUGAAUCGGAGCUUCCUUAAAACAUCCCCCUGUUAAUUGAUAAUGAUAAUAAUAAUAAUUUAAUUUGUGGGUCGCCUAUCUGGCCAAUGGCCACUCUAGGCGACGUACAAUUUAACAACAAUACAUUACAUCAUAAUAAAAUACAUCAUAAAAUACAAUAAAACAAUAAAACAGUUACAGUACAGAGUAGUAGGCUAUUCGUCGUAAAAAUUUAACCCUCCCCGG